AUGGCUAUUCAAGGCUUUACAUCUGUGCCCCAGGCCGAUGGACAGGACAGAUACAUAUGUAACACUUGUGGUGGCAGAGAUAUGAAUUUAAAUUAUCUGACCCGGCAUGUGAACAGCUCUGUUCAUCAGAGGAAUCUGCUGAGCAUAGCUCGUGGGCAAAAUCAGGCAUCACAAAGUACUCUAGUGGGAGUGUUACCUGGGAAUGCCCAAAAUAAUUUUGAUGUGGAGAGUGAUGAAGGUCUUAACCCAAAUGAUCUUUGGUAUCCAUUCCCUGCCAAAGAGUGUUUCUCACUUGACUUGAAAGACAUCAUAGCUCAUGAAAUUUCAAAUCCUUAUGUGAAUAAACACAUGGAAUUUUACCCACAUGAGUGUUAUGGAAAGGAUAUAUAUGCUCUCCACCAAAGUGCCAAGUGGCGAGAGUGUCUUUCUCGAGAAACGAGGGUGCAAAUGGUUGAGAAGGCAAACAAACACUAUUAUAUAUUUGAGCCUGUCACUCUCAAAGGUCCAGCACAAGACAUUGUGAUUCCGAUUUACUUCUUCAAGAUCAAAAAUUCCUUAUACGCAAAAUGCAUUGUGCCAAAGCUGAAAGAUUUCCCAACAACUGAAUUGAAAAAUGGGCAGCCUCAAAUCCAACUGAUGAUUCCUCAAAAUAUAGAUUACAACUCAAGCAAUUUGUUUGACAUUCCUGUGGAAAGGUUUGACUUGAUAUGCUCAGAGAUGAAAUGGGGUGAUGGUACACCAUUCAUGGAUAAAAUUCGCCACCAGCUAAGUUGUAUCAAUGUUCCAAAUCCAUGGAGACACAAGGCCAAAGGGAAGAUAAUACGACAUGUUCCCAUCACUCUCUAUGCGGACGACACCUCCGGGAACCAGUCCAAACGCUGGAAUAAACACAUCUCAUAUUAUUUCACACUAAGUGGACUACCUCCUGUUUUUUCAAACAUGGAGUACAAUAUACACUUUAUUAGUACUUCCAAUGUGGCAGGUGCCUUGGAAUUAGGAGAGUCAAUAGUGAAUCAGUUAAAUCAAUUGGCUACAGAUGGAAGUUGUGCAUAUGAUUGCACUCUUCAACAAGAAGUUCUGUUUAUGACUGUGCCACUCUGUUUCCUUGCUGACUCACCCAUGGCGGCCGAAAUCACAAACACCCCAAUUCCUGGGAAUUGCAACAACCCAUGUCGAAUUUGCAAGCUGAGGGUGGAGGCAGCUGAAGACCGAAGAGGAAUUGUCAAGUAUAUGGUCAGAGACUUCAUGGGCAAGCUCACAGAAGACCAGCGUCAUGAAAUGGAGGCCCGUUUGUCCUCAUUCAACUCAGAUGCAUUGCACAUUCAUCCCAUACAAGCCAAAUACAUGCUGGAUCACUACAAGAGUUUCUUGGGAAAGGAUUUACGCACCAUUGUCCAAGUGGCACCAUUUAUAUUUUUCCCAUUCAUGAACCAAACAGAAUUAGAUAUCUGGAUCUCACUGUGCUACAUCUGCAGCAUGGCGUUUCAAACACACAUACAAGAUAUGGAUGCAUACUUAGCAGAAUUGGAAUCUCACAUCAAAAUUUUCAUGUACAAUGUAGUCAAGAUGACUGCCCAAUGGAGUAAAAAGCCCAAAUUUCACAUGCUAUUACACCUACCCGCAUCAAUCAAGAGAUUUGGUCCAGCUUCUUUAUUUGCAACAGAGAAGUUUGAGUCAUUCAAUGGGGUGGUUAGGAAUGCUGCAAUACAAAUCAACCGACACAGUCCUGGGCAUGACAUAGCCAUCAUUUUUAGCAAUUACCAAAUUGAGCAGCUAUUGGUCUCAGGCGCACACUUAUAUGAUUCAACAGUGCAAGAAUACUUUAAGCCAUCUGAUAAAGUGACGGAUGUAUUUAGCAGGAAUCCUCUCAUUCAACAGGCCAUGGGUUACAAUUCAACAGCCUUACAUGAGUCACAAUAUCCAAGAGUUAAAGAUACACAUGUUGUACAAGCCAAUCUUGAACUGGUACCAGAAGAUAUCAGGGAGAUGUAUCCGAAUCAGCAAGUUUGGCAGGUGUCCAGAAAAAGCCCUGUCCCAGAACCUUGGGAACAUAUCAUGUGUGCAAUCAAUUUGGGAAGUGAACUCAAAGUAUGCAUAUUUUGUACAGGUGCAACCGUGUGUGGUCCGGGGAAUUCAACCAGAUUUCAAUCAAAUGCUGUAUCAAUAUGCAACACAAUUGCUUUGAUGGAAAAUGUGAAGCUCAAACAUCCACAUGCAUCAAACGCAAACGACAAGAAGGUAAUUCAAUAA